UUAGCUCUUUUCUCACGGUGUAUGUGGGACCUUGUUUCCCACCACAAUAUGGGUACCACUAUAACUAGGCUAACGAGGCCCAGUACACAUGGAACCAUACCAGGACAACUGUCUAAACUUGAAGGUGCAAAAAUCACUUUUUGUUGCUCAUGCUAUGAAAAAAUAGCUCCUCAAGUCAUUAGCUCUUCUUUUUAUGUAGCUGGUCUGUUCAUGAGCAAUGGUGAAACAUGGAAGAGACAAUGUCGUUUUGCUCUCUCUACCUUACGUAACUUUGGCUUGGGCAAAAGCAUCUUAGAGCACAAUAUCUGUGAGGAGAUCCGAUACCUGCAGGAGGAGACAAAGAAGGAGAAAGGUGAACUCUUCAGCCCAGUAGCCCUCUUCAACAAUGCUGUGUCCAAUAUUAUUUGCCAGCUGGUGAUGGGGAAACGGUUUGACUGCAGCGAUGACAAAUUCCAGAUAAUGCUGAAGUAUAUCUCUGAAACUCUUCAAGUUGAGGGCUCCAUAUGGGGUCUAGUAAGUGUUAUAUAUUGUCAGGUUUGCCCAGCUGCACCUGCCUUUCUCACUCUCUCUUUUUCGGCCCCUGAUCCCACCACCUAUAUGGGGUGCCGAAUGUAAAAAUAGCACUUACACUAGU